AUGGCGGAGGUCAUCAACGAUAGCAACGUGGCCAAUGGCCAUAUCAACGGUGUCAACAGUGUCAACGGCAUCGCCAGCACCAAAGAGCCGUCCGCCACCGCCGUCGAGGUGACACACCAUGAACCACAACAGUCAACGGAGACAGCCGCCACGCGGCUCCCCAAGGACAGCUCGACGCUCGGCAUCCGCAGUGGCCCCAUUGGCGAGCGUCUGGUUGUGCACGUGGUCGAUGAGCUCGCGCACGACACGGCCGACCGGGUCUACGCGACCGUCACCGCGUCCACGGACGACAUCGAGCAGGGGUUCCGGGACAUUACGUUUCGGCAGCUGGCGGGCGCCGUGAACGCGACGUCGUGGUCGAUGGCGCGCCAGGUCGGGACGAGUACCAGCUUCGGCGUGAUGGCGUACCUGGGCGUGUCGGACAUCCGCUAUGCCGUCUAUCUGUUUGCGGCCAUCAAGACGGGCCACCAGCUGAUGAUCCCGUCGGUGCGCAACGCGCUCCCGCAGCACCAGGCCGUGUUCGCCGAGGCGGCGUGCCGCAUCGUGCACUACACGCCGGAGAUGGCGGCGGUGGUGGGCCAGCUGAAAGACGCCAUGCCCGACCUGCAAGCCUUUCGGGUACCGCCGCUCGACGAUCUCUUGGCGGCCGGGACCACGGCCGCGCAUUUCCCCUACACGCGGACGUGGGCGGCGGCCCGCACAGACCCCAUCAUCAUUGCGCACUCGUCUGGCUCGACGGGCAACCCCAAGCCGACGACCAUCACCAACGGCGUGUACUCGGUCUACGACAGCCACCGCAAGGCCGAGACGAUCCCGGGGCGCAUCAACCAGUGCUACCAGCUGCUGGACCUCGAGGGCGACCGCUUCUUCAACCCGUUCCCGCCGUUCCACCUGGCGGGGCUGUUUGCCAUGUCCAUCAUGCCCGUCUUCUACGCCUGCAUCGUGUGCACGGGCCCGCCGGACAAGCCGCCGAGCGGCGCGCUGCUGUCGCGGGCCAUGCAGCUGCUGGCGCGCCAGCAGAAGCGCAUCCGCGCGGCCUGGUGCCCGCCGGCCGUCAUCGAGCAGCUCGCCGACCAGCCCGGCGGCUUCGCGCAGAUUGCGUCGCUCGACUGGAUCAUGUACACGGGCGGGCCGCUGGCGCCGGCCGUCGGCGACCGCAUCUGCCACGUCACCAACGUGUGCCAGCUGUACGGCAGCACCGAGACGGGGCCGCACAUGUCGCUGAUCCCGCUGCCGCACAACUGGAGCUACUUUGAGUGGCACCCGACGUACGCCAACGACAUGGAGCCCAUGGGCGACGGCACCUUUGAGAUGGUCGUGCGCAAGGGGGACGGGUCGCAGGACUGGAUCCGCCACCUGCGCCAGGCGUACCCGGACGUCGACGUCUGGCGCACGCGCGACCUGUUCGUGCAGAGCCCGCACAGCGACAAGCUGUGGCGGUUUGUCGGGCGGCGCGACGACGUGCUGGUCCUGUCCAACGGCGAAAAGUUCAACCCCGUCGACAUGGAGGGCGUCGUGACCGGCCAUCCGCUGGUCCGCGGCGCGCUCAUCGUGGGCACGGCGCGCUUCCAGGCGGCACUGGUCGUCGAGCCGAUGACGCCCCUGGUUGUGUCUGAACGCGACUUUGUGGACGCGCUCUGGCCCACGAUUGAACAGGCCAACAGCGUCGGGCCCGCCCACGGCCGCAUCUUCCGGUCCAAGGUGCUCGUGGCCGCGCCGGACAAGCCGUUUGUGCGUGCCGGAAAAGGCACCGUCAUCCGGGGCCGGACGACCAAGCUGUUUGAGCACGAGCUGGAUGCGCUGUACCGCGAGGACGACGACGCGUCGUUGUCUGCGGCGGCGGCAUCCGUCGCGUCAUUCGACGCCUUGGAGGACGUCACCGCGUUUGUGCGCGCCAGCGUCACCGGCCUGUUCCCCACGACGGCGGCACCGCUCGCCGACGACGACGACGUCUUUGCGCGCGGCCUCGACUCGCUGCAGACGCUCGAGCUGACCAAAAUACUCCGACGGGCCCUGGCACCCCAUCGCAAGGAGGGCACACCCGACCCCGUAUCCACCCGCAGCGUAUACGCCCAUCCGUCUAUCCGCCAGCUGGCCGAGUACCUCCAUGCGGCGCUGUCUGGCCCGGUCGCUUCCGAUCCGCAGCUGCCUCUGUCGCCGACCGAAGGCGACGACACGCCACGCGUCCGCGCCAUGAAGGCGCUCGUCGACAAGUACACGGCCGGCCUGCCCAAUGUGAACACGCGUCGUGCAGCGUCGUUGACGGUCGCCAUUACCGGGUCGACUGGCUCGCUGGGCACCCACAUCCUCGAGGCGCUCCUCAACGACCGCGCCGUCGCCAAGAUCUACUGCCUGAACCGCAGCGACGACGCACAGGUCCGCCAGCAGCGCGCAUUCGACCGCCGCGGCAAGGCAUACAGCCUCGCCGACCCGCAGCGCACCGAAUUCGUGACGGUCGACCUCGGCGACCCCCAGUUCGGCCUGGACGCGCCGACGUUCCGCCGCCUCCGCGCCACCGUCGACGUCGUCAUCCACAAUGCCUGGAAGGUCGACUUCAACCACAGCCUCGCCUCGUUCGAGGACACGCACAUUCGCGGCGUGCGCCACGUCGUCGACUUCGCGCUGGCCUCGGAGCGGCAGCCGCACAUCUUCUACGUGUCCUCGCUGUCGUCGGUCGCCAACUGGCCGGCCGUCCAGGGUGCCGGUGCCGGCGUCGAUGCACGGGCACCGACCAGCGUCCCCGAGGCGCCCCUCGACGACCCUCGCGUGGCCCUCGCCAUGGGCUACGGCGAGUCCAAGCACGUGGCGGAACAGAUCCUGGCGCGUGCCGUUGCCAACGCAGGCCUGCAUGCCACCACGCUCCGCGUCGGCCAGGUGGCCGGGCCGCUCGCUGCCGACGGCGGCCAGUGGAACCCGACCGAGUGGCUGCCGAGUCUCGUGCGCACGUCGCGGGUGCUGGGCCGUCUGCCCAGCGCCAUGAACACCAUCGAAUGGAUCCCCGUGGACGCCCUCGCCGCCAUCGUGCGCGACCUCGUGCACCACGACUACGCACAGCGCAGCACGGGCGUCUACAACCUCGUGAACCCGGCCGUCGGGCAAUGGGACGACUUGGUGGCCGUGAUGCAAAAAGCGUGGCCCGGCAUCCAGGUCGUCGCCUUUGACGAAUGGCUGACGGCGCUCCAGGCGGCUGGCCAGAGCCAGACGACCGGUGAGCCCGACUUCGAGGCCCUUCCUGCCCUCAAGAUAAUGGACUUCUACCGCGGCUUAGCAGGCGAGGCGGCGCUGCCAGCGGGUUCACGCGUCGCCUACGAGACGGGUCGCGGAACAUCCAACAGCGCCACCAUGGCCGGUCUGGGGCCGAUUGACGGUGCAGCCAUGGCCACCUGGCUGAAGCAAUGGGGAUGGUGA